CCCAACGAUGCUCCAAUUACGGGAGCAACGCAAGUUUGUCAUUGUCCCGAGAAAGCGGAGCAGCGUGAUUCUUGCCCAUUUCAGCAGAACUGCUGGCAUCCUUCAGCCGGUGGAGCCAGCGCUCCUGUUGUGAUCUUUCCAGGGAGACCCACGACCCUGCCCAGCACAGCAAAAAGACCCUCUUGGAGCCGCGACCGCUGCCCGGAUCGGCUGACUUGCCCCUGCCCCAGCCGCGGCUGGUUCCGUACACCUCUUCCACUUCAUUCAUCUGUGGAUGAUUUUGAGUCCAUCUUGUAAAUGUUUAGCAUUUUGCUGCUUUACUGCUUCUUUCUGGGGACAGUUCCAGCACUGGCCGAGACCGGCGGAGAGAGGCGAGUGAGCCCGGAGAAGAGCGAAAUAUGGGGCCCCGGGCUCAAAGCGGCUGUCGUCCUUCCCGCGCGCUAUUUCUAUAUUCAGGCGGUGGACACAUCAGGAAAUAAAUUCACAACUUCUCCGGGUGAGAAAGUGUUCCAGAUUAAAAUCUCAGCACCAGAUGAGCAGUUCACUAGAGUUGGGGUCCAGGUUUUAGAUCGAAAGGAUGGGUCCUUCAUAGUAAGAUACAGAAUGUAUGCCAGCUACAAAAAUCUGAAGGUAGAAGUUAAAUUCCAAGGUCAACAUGUGGCCAAAUCUCCAUAUAUUUUAAAAGGGCCGGUUUACCAUGAGAAUUGUGACUGUCCCUUGGAAGACACGGCAGCCUGGCUCCGCGAGAUGAGCUGCCCAGAAACCAUCCCUCAGAUUCAGAGAGAUCUGGCACAGUUCCCUAGUGUCGAUCCAGAAAAGAUUGCCACAGAAAUCCCAAAACGAUUCGGACAAAGGCAGAGCUUAUGUCAUUAUACCUUGAAGGACAACAAGGUUUAUAUCAAGACUCAUGGUGAACAUGUAGGUUUUAGGAUUUUCAUGGAUGCCAUACUGCUGUCUCUGACUAGAAAAGUGAAGAUGCCCGACGUGGAGUUUUUUGUUAAUUUGGGAGACUGGCCUUUGGAAAAGAAGAAAUCUGGUUCCCACAUCCAUCCGAUCUUUUCCUGGUGUGGCUCCACGGAUUCCAAGGAUAUCGUGAUGCCUACCUACGACCUGACCGACUCUGUUCUCGAAACCAUGGGCCGAGUAAGUCUGGAUAUGCUGUCCGUGCAAGCCAACACGGGCCCUCCCUGGGAAAGCAAAAACUCCACCGCUGUCUGGAGGGGGCGAGACAGCAGAAAAGAGAGACUCGAGCUGGUGAAACUCAGCCGAAAACACCCGGAGCUCAUCGAUGCUGCUUUCACCAACUUUUUCUUCUUUAAACACGACGAGAGCCUGUAUGGUCCCAUCGUGAAACACAUUUCAUUUUUUGAUUUCUUCAAGCAUAAGUACCAGAUAAACGUCGACGGCACGGUUGCAGCCUACCGCCUGCCCUACCUGCUGGUUGGUGACAGUGUGGUGCUAAAGCAGGACUCCAUCUACUAUGAACACUUUUAUAAUGAGCUGCAGCCCUGGAAACACUACAUUCCUGUUCGAAGCAACCUGAGCGACCUCCUGGAAAAACUGAAGUGGGCAAAAGAUCACGAUGAAGAGGCAAAGAAGAUAGCAAAAACAGGACAAGAAUUUGCGAGAAAUAAUCUCAUGGGUGACGACAUAUUCUGUUAUUAUUUUAAACUUUUCCAGGAAUAUGCCAAUUUACAAGUGAGUGAGCCCCAGAUCCGAGAGGGCAUGGAGCGGGUGCAGCCGCAGACCGAGGACGACCUCUUCCCUUGCGCAUGCCACAGGAAGAAGGUAACCCGCACUGGCCCUCUGGCCAUGUCAGCGUCAGAACUAAGGGCGACCCAUGUCCUCCUUCAUCCCUUUCCUGCUACCUGAUUUCCUCCGGGAGCCUCCAGGCAGUUCAUUCUAGCAGAGGCAGACAUAGCAGGUACCGACAAGGCAAAAGACAGGCGGUAAGAUGCAGUCAUGUGAGAAGACGUGGGAGCUCCCAGCAAAACAGAGGGAAGCCUUUUCUACUGUGAGAAUUCAGAUCACAUGGCAUUUGAAUAGAUGUGUACAGUUUGAAAAGUAUUUUCACAUGUAUCCUCUAAUGGCCUGUGAGACGAUUUCUGCAAAGUUAAUCACCACAAUAUAAAGAUAGCAAAAUAUAUAACCAUGACUAUUCGUGUUAACAGAUGAUUCAUUUAAAAGCAAUCUCAGGAGUUCCCGAGUGGCUCAGCAGUAAUGAACCCAACUGUUU